UCGAAAAUGGAUUUUGUGCAAUAGAUGGGUGAAGUGAGCUGUUUCACGGAGUUUCCGGGGAGUAAGGAGGGUUAGGCUGGAGUUUUGAGCGAGAGGUGGUGUUACUGAUUUUGGCGCGACUGGACGAAGGAAUUUGCUCCGCCAGAAGCGGACCGGUAAGGAAGCCGUGUGGAACCAGGAUUGGAUCACAGGGUUCUCGGACAACUUGUGAUAUAAAUUGUUGAAUGACCACUGAUUAUUUUCUGGAUCUGACUAUAUAUAAUUUCAGAAGAAACAAUGGAAAGCCAAGAAUUUAUUGUCCUAUAUACUCAUCAAAAGAUGAAGAAGUCGAAAGUGUGGCAAGAUGGAAUUCUGAAGAUCACUCACUUAGGAAACAAAGCAAUUCUAUACGAUGACAAAGGAGAAUGUUUGGAGAGUUUAUUUCUUAAGUGCCCUGAGGUGAAACCUGGAGAUGAUUUAGAAAGUGAUCGAUACUUAAUCACAGUUGAAGAGGUUAAAGUUACUGGAAGCACAGCUGUCAAACAGGAUGUUGUUAAAGAAGCACCAGCAUUGAAUUCAAAGAGGUUUAUAUCUUCUGGCCGGUCCCUUGGGUGUCAGCCUGCUGGUUUAAAAAGGAAGUUUGCUGGUUUUCAAGGACCACGUCAAGUGCCAAAGAAAAUGGUUAUUACAGAAAAUAAUGAAUCAGCUGCUUCAUUUGAAGCUAAGAAGCCUGGUCCUAUUUUUCUUUCUCCAUUCUACAGCACAUCUCCUUUGUUUUCUACAGUUGGCAAGAAAGAUAUAAAUAAUAUACCAACAGACCCUGAGAACAUUGCCACUUACGAGAACAGAGAGAGAAAUGGCAUAGCUUUUUCUUCACUUGUCUCUACUUCAUCCUUCAAGCUUAACCCAGAAAUGCUAUGUGAAGAAAAUUAUUUUUCCUCUCCUGUCAAUUUUGUAAAUAAGCAUUCAGAUUCUUUACUGACCAAUGAGCCCAUGAAAAGAGAUAGUUUGGUAUCUCACAGUUUAGGAGUUUCACAAAAUACUAGAAGCAAAGCCCAAAUAUUAGCUCUUCUGAAGUCCAAAUCAACUAGUACAUCUAAGGAACUAAAAUCUGAGAUUACAGGACAUUGCCCUCAGAUGCAACCACAAGGAAGUUUAAAAAUUCCUACUAAACCAAAGUGCUUAAUUGCACAGGAAGAGUAUGCUGAGGUGAAGAGCACAGAAAGUUUACACUACCAGCAUCAAUCAGAAAAUACCAUGAGAAAUAAAAGCCGGUGGGCCAUGUAUUUAUCCUCACAGAGUUUGCCUAUACAUUCCUCUACUGUAGAUGGAAAUGAUACAGAAAAAAACCCCAAGGCCCGAGUUGGUAAUUUAAACUUGAAAGACCUUUUGGUGCAAAAAAGGGUACAGUUCUUUGAAACAGGUGCUGAAAAUGGAAAAAACUAUAACGAAGACAAGCCAGUAGAUGAUAAUGAUCAAACCUGGGAUCAAGAAGGAAAAUUAGAAAUUCCUUCAUUCUGUGAACGCAGCAGCUUACCAGUUACCUGUAGUAACGCAGAAAAUGAUGGCUUGUUAUCAGAAUCUGACAUUCAAGAAAAUAAUAAAAGACUUCUUAAUCCAAAUGACCAGUUGGGCAUAAAAGGAUCAAUUCUCAUUAGAAAAAAAGCUCAGGAGAUAGAUAUACGUGGAACACCAGAAAAGGAGUAUAAACAUCUACAAAUUGAAUCUUCACUAAGUAACAAUUCUGGGAUCUCUGAUGAUAAUACUGACAUAUUUUCUAAAAGUAGUACUAAUAAUGAACUCCUUAAUAAUAUUCAUGAACCUAUGAGUAAUGUAACACAGCCACUUGUGGAAAUCACAUUUAAUCUAAAGAAUUUUGAAACCAGUGACACUGAGGAGGAAUCACAGGAAAGCAACAGAAUUUCCCAGGAUUCAGAGGGUUGGGUGAAAGAAACUUUGGUUAAUGACGGCAAUUCAAGAUGUGAGAAUAUAAGCUGUAAAGAAGUUGGCAGUGAACACUUGCCUCUCUUAACAUCUACUGGGGGCAAACUAUCAGAGACAUUUCCUGUGAAAGAGAUUCUGCCAUCACAGUUUUGUGAUAAAACGUGUGUAGGUUUUGACAGAAGACCUUGGAAAGCUGGAAACACUGGAAAAGAAACAGAGGAGGAGUGGAGUGACACAUUAAGCAAUUUUGACUCAUCCUUAGAGUGGACUGAUGAUGUAUAUGCAGAAAAUAAUGAAGGCAAUAAUAAAUCUAUUAGUGCUUCAUUCCCAAAUAAAUCUGAAAGUAUAAACACAAAUUUACAUAUUCCUCAUUUUUUAAACAUAGCCACUCAUCAGAAUCCUGAAAAAAUCCUAUUUUCAGAACAAGCUCAGCCUCGGCCUUUUAUUAUGGGAAGUGGCUUGGACAAAAAUACCAACCAGGUUUUACCAUUAACCUCUAGCAGUGACAACAGUAUCCAGCUAUUAAAUGCCAGUCAGAUUCACUCUGAAGAAUGUAUUGCACUUGAUAAAUCACAUACCCAAGUUUCCAAUUCUUUGUUUUACCCUUUGGGAGAAAAACAUCCUAUUUCCAAAGACACAGAAUCACAUAUUCCUGAAUCUGAAAACUUGGAAAGGACUAGAAGUUUACCCCAGGACCAUAUUGAUGUAGAAACUGCUGGAGAAAGCAAACAAUACUGGAAUAAUCCUAGACAUUCUUCAGAACUUUCCAGAUUAGUAAAUAGCAUUUCCCUAUUAAAAUCAUUGUCUGAACACAGUACGGCUUUGGAAGGCUUGGAAGUAUUGAAAAAGAGGAAUACCGCUUUUAAACAACAAGGAACUCAGCAGACAGAUGAGCCAGAUAGCAAUCCUGAAGCUAGGAAACCAUUGACUGCAGUAGUCUCACAAGCUAUACCAAAGUCUCCUCAUCUGAACCAGGAUCCACAACAGAUGAUAAAAGAAAAUGAAGUUGAACCAAGUGAACUUCAGUCUUUGCAGUUCCCAGAUGAAGAAAACUUUUCAAAAGGAGGUAUUAGCUUUAAUAUUGAAGAGAAUUUUCAAGUGACAGCUGAGUCUAAUAAGGACUCAGUUGAAAAUGAUUCAAUUUUAGAUUUCCCUCCUAAAGAUUCAGAACAUUUAUAUAAUUAUUUGGAUUAUAAUUUUAAAUCAACAGAGAGGACUUCGUGGGAAGCAAAUAAGGUGACAUCACCAGAACAAAAGAUCUCAACAUUAAGCCCUGUUUCUACUUUAUCUUUGAACUCAAGAGAUGAAGACUUCAUACUGGAAUUCUCUGAGGAGUCCCUGAAAGCAAGAACUUUACCUGUAAUGAAAAAAUCGAGUUCUCUGGAGAUUAAGAACCUUCAAAGGCUUUCAUUAGUAAGUGGAACCCGAGUUCCACUUAAUACUUUGCCACCUGCCAGUGGGCCACCUGAUGUAGAUUCUUGUUCAUAUGUGAUCGACUGUGACAGGCAAGAGUCUUCUGGUUCUCCCAUAUUCAACUUCUGUGAAGAGUCAGAAGUUCCUUCUUUUAGCUUUGGGUCAGAGGACCAGAGCGAAACUUCUUUCUCUAAAGAAUCUAAGGAAGUGACUCCGAGGGACGUUUCACUUUUUGAUAAUAUAUCUACUCAAAGCAAGUGGUUGAAAUAUCAAAACAUACUCCAGUGCAACUUGACUACUCCAAACAGAGUUGAUCAGAAAGUAACAGAUGGCUUCUUUGCUGAGGCUAUUUCUGGGAUGCAUUUUAGUGACACGGGUGAAAGACAGAGUGGUGCUGUGAAGGAAAGUUCUGUAGACUCUGUGCAUUUGCAAAUCAUGAAACACAUGCUUCAGCAACAGCAGCAGGAUUUUAGCAGUCAAGAUUUGGUUUCCAGAAAGAAAGCGUUUUCUUUGAAUUUAAAGCAGACUUCUAAGACUGAGGAAAUUCAAAAUGUGUUAAGAGGGUAUGCCUACUACAACUGCAGUGUAACAGGAGAUUUUCAGGAGAUAAAUGACUCCGAGCUAUGCUUCCCAAGUAGGCAGAAAAUAAAAUCUGCAUAUCUUCCCCAAAGGCAAAUUCACAUACCAGCUGUUUUUCAGUCUCCUGCUCAUUAUAAGCAGAUUUUUACAUCUUGUCUCAUAGAACAUUUAAAUAUAUUGCUGUUUGGGUUGGCACAAAGGUUGCACAGAGCUCUUUCAAAAGUUGACGUAUCAUUUUACACAUCAUCAAACAGAGACAAACUGAAAAAUGUAGAAAAUAAUGUGCCAUCCUGCCAUCAUCGUCAGCCUGCAAAACUUGUCAUGGUUAAAAAGGAAGGUCCAAAUAAGGGUCGUCUCUUUUAUACCUGCGAUGGACCCAGAGCUGACCGAUGUAAAUAUUUCAAGUGGCUUGAAGAAGUGACCCCAGGAUAUUUAACACAGGAAAAAUCUCUACCUAGCAUGGUUUUAAAUGAUAUAAAAAGUAUUGGCUUGUACUUAAGAAGUCAAAAGAUACCCCUCUAUGAGGAAUGCCAGCUUUUGGUGAGAAAAGGGUUUGAUUUUCAAAGAAAACAGUAUGGUAAACUAAAGAGGUUUACUACUGUAGAUCCUGAAUUUUAUAAUGAACCUAAGAGCAAACUUUAUCUUAAGCUGAGUCGGAAGGAAAGUUCUUCGACUUACAGCAAAGAUGAUCUUUGGGUGGUUUCAAAAACCCUAGACUUUGAAUUGGAUACUUUUAUUGCAUGUAGUACUUUCUUUGGUCCAUCAUCUAUCAAUGAGGUAGAGCUACUACCUUUGAAAGGUUAUUUCCCUUCGAAUUGGCCCACUAACACAGUGGUCCAUGCAUUAUUGGUUUGUAAUGCUAGCACAGAGCUGACCACUUUGAAAAAUAUUCAGGACAACUUUAAUCCAGCUACUCUACCUCUAACACAGUACCUGUUAACAAUGUCUUCAUCAACUACAGUGAGCAACAAGAGAGUCAAUAAGAGAAAAUUUAUCCCACCAGCCUUCUCAAAUAUCAGCACAAAAUUUGAACUACUCAGUAUAGGAGCAACAUUGCAGUUAGCUAGUGAGUUAAUUCAGGCACACAAGUUAAACAAGGAUCAAGCUACAGCUCUAAUUCAGAUAGCUCAAAUGAUGGCAUCACGUGAAAGUGUUGAAGAAAUGAAGGAACUGGGAAUUCAUACCCUCCCUAUCACGAUCAUACAUGGUGUUUUUGGAGCAGGAAAGAGUUAUUUGCUGGCAGUGGUGAUUUUGUUUUUUGUGCAGCUAUUUGAAAAGAGUGAAGCUCUUACAGUUGGAAAUGCAAGACCAUGGAAACUUUUGAUUUCUUCUUCUACUAAUGUAGCUGUUGACAGAAUACUUCUUGGGCUUCUUAGUCUUGGAUUUGAAAAGUUUGUCAGGGUUGGGAGUAUCAGGAAGAUUGCCAAGCCAGUUUUACCUUACAGUUUGCAUGCUGGCUCAGAAAAUGAAAAUGAACAAUUAAAAGAACUACAUGCACUCAUGAAGGAAGACCUGACUCCUGUGGAAAGAGUCUAUGUGAGGAAAAGUAUUGAGCAGCAUAAACUGGGGACCAAUAAAACCCUGCUGAAGCAGGUCCGAGUAGUUGGAGUUACCUGUGCAGCCUGCCCAUUCCCAUGCAUGAAUGAUCUUAAAUUUCCUGUGGCUGUCCUGGAUGAGUGUAGUCAAAUCACAGAACCGGCUUCACUCCUUCCCAUUGCAAGGUUUGAGUGUGAAAAGCUGAUUCUUGUUGGAGAUCCCAAACAGCUCCCUCCUACUAUUCAGGGUUCUGAUGCAGCUCAUGAAAAUGGAUUGGAACAAACUCUUUUUGAUCGACUUUGCUUAAUGGGUCACAAACCAGUUCUAUUGAGAACCCAGUACCGUUGUCACCCUACAAUCAGUGCUAUUGCUAAUGAUCUGUUUUAUGGAGGAAACCUCAUGAAUGGUGUUUCAGAAACAGAGAGGAGCCCUUUAUUGGAAUGGCUCCCAACCCUGUGUUUCUAUAAUGUUAAAGGACUGGAACAGAUUGAAAGAGAUAACAGCUUUCAUAAUGUGGCAGAAGCUGCUUUUACACUCAAGCUGAUCCAAUCACUGAUUGCAAGUGGAAUAGCGGGCUCUAUGAUUGGGGUGAUAACAUUAUACAAAUCCCAAAUGUACAAGCUCUGUCAUUUACUCAGUGCUGUGGACUUUGAACAUCCUGAUAUGAAAGCUGUGCAGGUGUCCACAGUAGAUGCUUUUCAGGGAGCUGAAAAGGAGAUCAUUAUUCUGUCUUGCGUAAGGACCAGACAAGUAGGAUUUAUUGAUUCAGAAAAAAGAAUGAAUGUUGCAUUGACCAGAGGAAGGAGGCAUUUGUUGAUUGUAGGAAAUUUAGCCUGUCUGAGGAAAAAUCGACUAUGGGGGCGUGUGAUCCAACACUGUGAAGGGAGGGAAGAUGGAUUGCAACAUGCAAGCCAGUAUGAACCACAGCUGAACCAUCUCCUUAAAGAUUAUUUUGAAAAACAAGCAGAAGAAAAACAUAAGAAAAAGAGUGAAAAAGAUAAAUCUAAAGAUAAAUCUUAUUCGCAAAAAGACAUGAUAUAGUUUGUAUUUAUAUAAUUUCAAAUUCAUUUUACACUAUACAUUUGUAUAUUUUUAU